AUGAAAGAAUUGAUAGGAGAUGCCUUUAAGGUGAGAGGAGCAAUGCAUUUAUCGAUAAAUAAGAGAGGUAAAUGUUUCUGGAGUACCGACAAUAAUUACGAAAUUAACAUCAGUAAAGCUCAGCUACUAGAUAUGGUCUACUAUCUUAUCGACAAUAUAUAUGUGUCAGUAGGUAAUAGGGUGUUUCGUCAGUGCAUAGGUAUACCUAUGGGCACGGAUUGUGCACCUUUAUUGGCAAAUUUAUAUCUAUUUCACUUUGAGUACGUAUAUAUGAGAAGGCUGAUAAGUAGUAAUAUGUCC